AUGAGCCUCUUUCAGUAUUUCAUACCAGACCGGAACAACACACCACUCAUAGUAGCUCUCACAGCCUCCAUCACCACCAUCACUCUCGUCAUCCUCGACAAAAUCUUAUAUCCUCCCCUACCUAAACUCCUUCGCUCCCCUCUCAAAACUGUCCUCCCAACCCUCCCCAAAGACGAACUCAAAAACCUAGAAUACAAACCCGACACCUUCCCCGGCGCCCGUGAUGUCGAGACUCCCUAUGGCUCCAUCCGCAUCUACGAAUUCGGCCCCGUCACCGGCCCCAAAGUUCUCUUCAUCCACGGCAUCUCAACCCCCUGCACAACCCUCUCGAAGCUCGCCCUCUCCCUCUCCAACCACCCCUCCCACCCAUGCCGGGUAAUGCUCUUUGACCUCUUCGGCAGGGGCUUCUCCGACAACCCGGCCGACCUCCCCCACGACGCGAGGCUGUACAUCUCCCAAAUCCUUAUCGCCCUGGCCUCUUCUCCCAUAUCCUGGACCGGAAGCGAAAACGCCUUCAAGCUGGUGGGGUACUCCCUCGGCGGGGGCAUCGCCACCCACUUUGCGGUUUCGUUCCCUGAUUUGGUGAGGGAUCUGGUGCUGCUUGCCCCGGCGGGGAUGAUUCGGCCCGCAUCGUUUGGGACGUUGACGAGAAAGGUUUUCACUAGUGGCGUUGUGCCGAGGGGGUUGCUGCAUUUGGCUACGAGGAGGAGGUUGCGGAGGCCGAUUCGGUCGAGCACGAAACGGGGGAAGGUGACGGCCAGGUUGCAGGAGCGGCAGGAUCCUGCGUCGAGGCUGGUGGAGGCGGAGACGGCGGAUGAUGUUGGGGCUGAUGGGGAGCCGAGGACGGGGUUGGAGAGGAGGGUGUUGAGGCAGGUGCAGCAGCAGUUGGUGGUUCACGAGGGGUUUGUGGAUGCUUUUAUGGGUUGUUUGAAGGAUGGGCCGUUGAUGGGGCAGGAGGGGGCUUAUAAGAGAUUGGCUUUGAGGGGGGAGGAUGAGGGGAAGACGACGGCGAUCAUACUGGGGGAGGAGGACGAGCUGGUCAAUCCGGGGGAGUAUGAGGAAGAUUUGAAGCCGUUGUUGGAAGGGGGGAAUGUGGUUUGGGAGGUGGUGAAGGGGGGGCAUGAUUUUCCUAUGACUUGGGCGGAGGAGGUGUUGGGGGUCGUUUAUAAAGUUUGGGGGUGGGAGUGA